UGCUCUCUUGCUUCAAACUGAUGAUGUGUCGAGAAAAAUGUGCCAUUUCCGUGUCGGCGUUGUGUUCAAUUAUGAUUGGAAGUUAAUGAAAAGGGUUUUUCCUUAGUGCGUCUACAUUUCAAACAAUUUCGGAGGCCUAUGUGUUCUUUUUUUAUGCUGGGAAGUCCGAGGACCCGUCACAAGACUCGAAGCAAAGCAAGGAGAAAGCGAGCUAGCUUUAAGUUAGCCACUUUGACUGGUGGUCUGUCAGUGGCUGUAGGGUAACCUGUGGAAAAUGGAUUUUCUUUGUGAAAUAGUUCAAGCCUUGGUCGCGCUGGCAGCUCUAGUUUUUAUUGCGAUGCUCAUAAUAGCACACGUCACUGGCGGGAUGGUGAACCUGACACGCCACGAGAAGGAGAAGCACUUCCUCACCGCCACGGGAGGAAAGGAGCCUUUUCCCAGCCUGCAUGAUCCCCAUUCCCGGGAGCUCUCUGUGGUGAUCCCGGCCUACAACGAGGAGCUCCGUAUGCCUGUGAUGUUGGAUGAAGCUAUGGAGUACUUGGAAAACAGACAGAAACGGGACUCCUCUUUCACCUACGAAGUCAUUGUGGUUGAUGAUGGCAGCAAAGACAAAACCACCGAGGUUGGUUUGCGGUACACCAAGAAGUACGGAGCAGAUAAAGUGCGGGUGCUGACGCUUGUGGAGAACAGGGGGAAAGGAGGAGCUGUGCGGAUGGGAACCAUGAGCUCCAGGGGCAAAGUCAUUCUGAUGGCAGAUGCUGACGGAGCCACAAAGUUUUCUGACAUUGAGAAAGUGGAGGCUGGACUCAAUGACCUCAACCCUAAACUGGAGAACAUGGCAAUUUCCUGUGGUUCCAGAGCCCACCUGGAGGAAGAGUCAGUAGCUCAGCGAUCUGUGUUUCGUACUUUCCUUAUGUAUGGCUUUCACUUCCUGGUCUGGUUCUUAUGUGUAAGAGGGAUCAAGGACACGCAGUGCGGCUUCAAGCUUUUCACUCGUGAGGCUGCACUCAAGACCUUCUCUUGUCUCCACGUAGAGCGAUGGGCUUUUGAUGUGGAGCUCCUGUAUAUUGCCCAGUGUUUUAAAAUCCCCAUAGCAGAGGUGGCUGUCAACUGGACUGAAAUAGAAGGAUCCAAGCUGAUCCCGUUCUGGAGCUGGCUGCAAAUGGGGAGAGACCUGAUUUUCAUUCGCCUGCGCUACAUCACAGGAGCCUGGAAGCUGCAGUCACCACAUAAGACUGACUAGCCAAUCAGACAGCCCCUGAUAUCACAGAGAUGGCCUAUGAUAGGGGUCGUCAAACCUUUGGAUGAGGUGGGAUUAACAGCUCCGUCCAUCGCUCACUGUAAUCAGCAGCAAAGAACAAAGUACAGGAUAUCAUCCUUUCCUCUCCAGACGUCAUUGGAUGUGAAGCGACAACACGGUUGUGAGAUCUUUGUGGUCCUGCCUUCUUUUUAAUAUUCAGAUUUUGGCUUGUGAUGGCCACGGUUACGCGCACAUUUCUGUUGCCACGGCUCACGGACCGUCUGUACGAUCGAUCCGUGUACUAAGUUACUUAAUGUUUAUUUUGCGGCCAAUCAGUUGUAUGUGCAAAAGAGUUAAAUGUAGUGAAAUGUGGAGGAUCUGA